AGUGUCCCAGUCUCCUACGGGGGGAAUUCCAACGAAACUGGCAACUCGGUGGCAGCCAGCAGAGUUGCCAGGCUCGGGGAACAACAUUCACAUUACUCAUUACACCUACCAGCGUCGUUUUCUUCCGCGUUUAUUGUCACAGCCGGUGACAGUUGAUUCCACGGGACCAGAGCGCGAAGCAGCGGAAUGUGCCACGCGUGACUUUCAGUAUGUCUGCACAUUGGACUUGAGUAAAUCAAAGAGGACCCAAGAGUUUGCAGUGUCAAAUCCUGAACCAUCCACAGGGAAGGAGAUGGGAAACACGGCGACCAAGUUUCGUAAGGCUCUCAUCAACGGGGAUGAGAUUCUGGCCUGCCACUUGUAUGAGAGCAACCUGCAGUUCAAGGAAGCGUUGGAUCCCAACUCUACUUAUGGAGAAUCCUACCAGCACAACACUCCGCUCCAUUAUGCUGCCCGACACGCCAUGACACGACUACUCAGGUCUUUUGUCCAGAACAAAGAUGGAAAUCCUAACAAACGCAAUGUGCAGAAUGAGACCUCUUUGCAUCUUCUCUGCAUGGGGCCCCUGAUCAUGACCUCAGCGGGGGCGCUGUUACCUCGCAUCUCACGGCCAUAUGAAGAUGAGCAGCGACGUGCAGCGUGUCUGCAAAUCAUCCUGGCUUGGACCGGAGCAAAGCUGGACCAUGGAGAAUAUGAGAGGGCCGAUAUCAAUGCCACAGACAAUAGGAAAAAUACCUGUCUGCACUAUGCUGCUGCCUCAGGAAUGAAGACCUGUGUGGAGUUUUUAGUGCAGAGAUGCGCGGACCUUUUUGCAGAGAAUGAAAACCGCGAGACUCCGUGUGACUGUGCUGAGAAGCAGCACCACAAGGAGUUGGCCUUGUGCCUGGAGUCACAGAUGGUCUUCUCACUAGCCCCUGAGGCGGAGGGUAUUGAAGCAGAGUACGCAGCUCUUGACAGAAGAGAGCUGUAUGAGGGCCUGCAACCUCAGGAUCUACGGAGGCUAAAAGACAUGCUCAUAGUGGAGACGGCAGACAUGCUGCAAGCUCCGCUCUUCACGGCAGAGGCACUGCUACGCGCCCACGACUGGGACAGAGAAAAACUCUUAGAGGCUUGGAUGACCAAUGCAGAGAAAUGCUGCCAACGCUCUGGUGUACAGAUGCCCAACCCGCCUCCCAGUGGCUGUAACGCCUGGGACACCUUGCCAUCGCCUCGAACGCCACGUACCACUCGCUCCUCUGUCACCUCACCAGACCAUAUCAGUCUCAACACUGCUGAUGGAGAUUCGUCUUUGUGUGGAAUCUGCAUGUCUUCCAUCUCAGUCUUUGAAGAACCCGUUGACAUGUCCUGCGGCCAUGAUUUCUGCAGAGCCUGCUGGGAAGGAUUUCUGAAUCUAAAGAUCCAAGAGGGGGAGGCUCACAACAUCCUCUGUCCAGCCUUUGACUGCCUUCAGCUGGUUCCUGUGGAAGUCAUCGAGAGUGUGGUGUCCAGAGAGAUGGACAAACGCUACCUCCAGUUUGACAUCAAGGCGUUUGUGGAAAACAAUCCAGCAAUACGGUGGUGUCCAGAGGCUGGCUGUGAAAGGGCAGUGCGGCUGAAGACCUAUGGCCCCGGAGCAUCCACUUCAGACUCUCUCAGCUUUCCAUUGCUCCGGGCUCCUGCUGUAGACUGUGGCAAGGGACACCUCUUCUGCUGGGAGUGUCAAGGUGAAGCCCAUGAGCCCUGUGACUGUGACAUCUGGAAGUUGUGGCUACAGAAAGUCAGUGAGAUGAAACCUGAAGAAUUGGCUGGUGUGGGUGAAGCUUAUGAGGAUGCAGCCAACUGUUUGUGGUUGCUCACCAACUCGAAACCCUGUGCCAAUUGCAAAUCUCCAAUCCAGAAAAAUGAGGGUUGCAACCACAUGCAGUGUGCAAAGUGUAAGUAUGACUUCUGUUGGAUCUGUCUGGAAGAGUGGAAAAAGCACAGCUCGUCCACAGGAGGCUACUAUCGCUGCACCCGCUAUGAAGUAAUUAAUCAGGUGGAGGAGCAGUCAAAGGAGAUGACUGAAGAAGCAGAGAAGAAACACAAGAGCUUUCAGGAACUGGACCGCUUCAUGCACUACUACACACGCUUCAAGAACCAUGAACACAGCUAUCAGCUGGAGCAGCGUCUGUUAAAAACAGCCAAAGAGAAAAUGGAACAACUCAGUCGGGCCUUGCGUGGAAGGGAAGGAGGGCCACCUGACACUACAUUUAUUGAAGAUGCGGUCCUGGAACUACUAAAGACUCGCCGCAUCCUCAAGUGCUCUUAUCCUUACGGAUUCUUCUUGGAGCCCAAAAGCACAAAGAAGGAGAUCUAUGAGCUCAUGCAGACGGACCUAGAGAUGGUAACUGAAGACCUUGCACAAAAGGUCAACCGGCCUUACUUGCGGACUCCACGUCAUAAGAUGAUUCGUGCAGCCUGUUUGGUACAGCAAAAGAGACAAGAGUUCCUGGCCUCAGUAGCAAGAGGAGUGGCCCCCAAUGACUCUCCUGAAGCCCCAAGACGGAGUUUUGCUGGAGGAACGUGGGACUGGGAGUAUUUGGGCUUUGCGUCACCUGAGGAUUAUGCUGAGUUCCAGUAUAGACGGAGACAUAGACAGGGGAGGCGAGGCGACAUGGCCAGUCUCCGUAGCAACACACCUGAUCCAGAUGAUCCCAGUGACAGCACUUUAGACAAUGAGGAAAUGGACGGUGGACAUAGACAUGGUCGUCUGAUGGGCCUCGGUUCUUUGGAUGAUGAUGACCCUAACAUUCUAUUGGCCAUUCAGCUGUCGCUCCAGGAGUCAGGGAUGGCAGGGGAACAGUCUCUUCAUGACGUCCUUGCAAAUGAAGCAUCGCUCGGAGCAAUUGGCACAUCUUUGCCUUGCAGGCUUGAACAGAGUGGUCCCGGUGUAGAGGUUCUUCCCAGAGUGUCUUUCAGCAGCUCAGAACUACUCGAGUUGGGAGACAACUUGGCUAGACUUGGCAACAUCAAUAUCAGCAGCCAAUACUCUGCUGUUUCUGGUCUUCCCACCUCUGGUCAGCUCUGUGACAGCCACAACCGAGCCAACAGCUGCUCUCUGCCAAUACCAGUUGCCUCAAGCAGCAGUUUCUCAUCAACUGGUGUGUUUUCAUCCGACACGACAGACUCGACCACAUGCAGCAGCAACGACCCGUCCUCCUCUUCUGCAUUAGCAGCAAAUGCUAAUUUGCUGGGCAACAUCAUGGCGUGGUUCCACGACAUGAACCCUCAAGGUAUCACCCUGGUGCCCUCAGCGUCUUCCGACACAGAUGUUGAUGCGCUCCAUGCAGGUGGACAUGAGUGCCUGCGGGAUGAAGAACAAGCUGGGCUCAUCCCGUUCCAUGAGAACAGAAAGUCUCAGGAAGGAAUGGAAGAAGUUGCCUUUGGUUCCUCAAGAAUUUGUGACAUGGAGACAAAGGAAUGUCCUGUUGUAGAAAGGCCAACACAGCUACAUCUAGUGGGGCUGGACGCCAUGCCGUUACCUUACCUUCGCACCCAUGGUACAACUGGGGACCAUGAGCAGCAGGUAGACACAAAGGUCUGUCAUGUUGACACACCACAAUGUGCAUCUGACCACUUAGCCAGCAGCAGCUCCUCAGACUGGGAGGAGCAGGUGCACUUGGUAUGAUCCUUUUGCUUUGAGAUUUUUUGGCUGAUCAAAGAUGUGCAUAUUCUAGUUGCUACAUUCACUUGGAAUGUAUACAGAAUUGCGUUGUAUCACUUUGUGUUUUCAACUCGAGAUGGCAGAUAGAAGAGCAUCGCUUUCAGAAAUGUGUUUACUAAGAGCUCUUUAUCAAAGGCAGCUCCGACCAAUGAGAAGAUUGCACCAGAUAAAGAUUAAAACACAUUUCUUUAAUGAAUCAUAGUAUACUGUAGAAUUGAAUGUGGACUGAAUGGAGGGCUUUGACUAACAGUGUAACUAACUGUAGUCCCUGCGAUGUGACUGACUAUACGCUUCAGUCACAUAAUUCAAUUAGCAGAAAUCGGUUUAAAAUUACAUUUACUUUGUUUUUUAUCAUCUAGGUGUGUUAGUUUGAAAGAAUAAGGCCGCCAGAGCUCUGCAGCAUUGCAAGCCGGUUCCUGGCCUCAAAAAGAUUGGGGACCACUGACAUAGUUGCUUAUUUACAACAAAAUCACAUCUCCUUAUUAAAAGCACUGACAGAUUUGAACAGACAUCUAAGUAUUCCAAAAUGCUACAGGUAGUUACAGUCAAAUGUUUUUUUUUGGUUUGCAGAGCCAACACACUUCUCUGCUGCAGCCACUUCUAUUUGUUUUACAUAUUUAAUCUGUAGCUUACAACUGAUUAAAUGUCAUCCCUGCACAUGUUGUAGUGGCUAAACACCGACCUUUUAAAAGCACAGUUUACAGUCACAAAGUGGAUUUUUUUUUAGUUCAAAGUGUGCCUGUGUGGGGAAAAAAACAAUGCCAUCCCAACAGUUACAUUUACAUGAAAGUUUCCAGCCUGGAAUUUUUUUACUUGAUAUUUGCAGCUGCAAGGGAAAGGUUUAGUUGGAUUCACACAAAUAGUUUAAUGUCAGACAUUCACACACAAACGGUCAAUAUACAGCAGUGAAAAUUAAGGAGAAAGUUCUUAAUAGGCCUGAGUGGUGAGUCAACGUCGACCUGAACUUCUUCAGCCAUUUUUUUUAAACAAGUCUUUAAAAUUCUCUAGAAACUGGGCUUAAUUUGAACCUCCAAAUAGUGCAGUUGAGUCUGAUGAAGAGACUAAUCAGUAAGCGGUCUUGUUUGGACUGCAGAAAAAGGCCAGCGAAAGAAGUCACAUUAAAAUGUGUCGAUAAUGUGACUCAAAUCCAGUCCGCUGUAAUUGAUCUCCAGCUCACAUUGAUGUGUAAUGAAAGCCUUCACAGGGCUGUGCACAUGUCCUCGGGUAAACAGACUGCUGAUGUGUGUCGCAUCGCAAACAAUGGCGAGUUUACGGUUUUGAAAAGGUUCUUCACAAGAUACAGUGCCUUUAUUUCGAUCACGGUUGUUGAAUUACUAUCUUGAUUUGAAUGCAGUGUAAGCAAAUACAUAGAACUUUGAAGUUAUUUAUUUUGCAUUACGCUUAAAAUGCACAAACCAAAAAGGUUUGGUUGGUUUUGAGGUGACACUUGGGGUUUGACAGUGUUUGAGUUGUAAUGGUUGUCAUACUUCACACAACAUUUCUAUAUAAGGUUUGUGUUAUUCAUAUUUUUUGCAAGCAGGGCUUCUUAAUCAUGCUUUUUUUUUUUUUUUUUACUACCGUCUGGUUUUCCUGUGGUUUAAGAAUUCAUGUCACGAUUGACUUUGAGUUGACCUACUGUAUCCCAGAAGACACUAAAAUGGAGGAAAGUUGCAAUAUAAUUUGAUAUUUAUUUGAAAUGAAACGUAAAUCCACUGAAGGAAAUGGAGUGUGAAUAACCAUUAUAAACUGAUACACAUGAUUGAUCAAUGUUUUACCUUUUGAGACUUUUGUUCUGCCUCGCUGGUCUGAAGUCAAUUUGUUUUCUAAUAACCAAGUACAGAAACAUGAAGAUUGCUUUGGCAGAUUUCUUGAAGUUCUUCAACUGUGAGUGCCAUGUGGUCUGUGGAGCAAGGUUCCUUAAGACUUGGGUUUGUGUGUAGUAGUUAAACACAGGCUAUGAUGUAUACUAUAUACCCUGUUGUACACCCUACAAUAUGCUGUGCAUUACACAUCUUACUGUCCAGGUGAUUUCUUUUAAAAUACCAUUUUGUAACUCAUUGAGAUUUUCUAUUGUAAAGCGACUAAUCCUUGAAAUGCUAUUUGCACUUUCAUAGUCUAUACUUGAUACAUUCCCUCUUUAUAUGAAUCGUUUUGUGUAUUAUGCCAAUAAACAGUGUGUUGAGUUUUAA